UCUCUAACCUAGCACUUGUCACUUGGCCGGUUAGCCCUCUCCACAUUCCCACCGUCUUGGAAUAAGUUCUGAAGUUUUGUUCACUUCAGCUGGAAGCUUGAAACUUCUUGUUGUUUUUCUCGUGUAAGAAUCGGAAAAACCUAACUAAUCACCAUGGAGACCAUCAAGAAGAAGAUGUUGUCCCUCAAGUCGGAGAAGGAGGUGGCUAUCGAUGCCAAGGAGGUGGCUGAGGCUGAUUUGAGGACCAGCAAAGAGCGUGAGGAACAGUUGAACGACACCAUCAAGGAACGCGACGACCGAAUCAAGCAGGUCGAGCUUGAGCUCGAUUCCACCACCGACAAAUUGAGCGAGACACAGGCUGCUUUUGAUGAAGCUGAGAAGGCACAGGGAGUCGCAGAAGCAGAGGUGAAGAAUCUUAACAGUAAACUCAUCCUCCUUGAAGAAGACAAUGGCAAACAAGAAGAGGCAUUAUCAGACACAAGGAGAAGGCUAGAAACCAUUGAGGUAGAAGCAGAUGAGAACUUAAGAGCAAGGAAAGUACUGGAGACACGCAGCGCCUCUGAUGACGACAAAAUUAUUGACUUAGAGCAGCGAAUGAAAGAGAAUGCAUCAAGAAUAGAAGAACUCGACAGACUACACUCAGAGUCCCAGCGUAAGCUCCAGAUGACAGAGCAACAGCUGGAGGUUGCUGAGGCCAAAAACACAGAGUGCGAAAGCAAAUUGGCACAGCUUACCGAUGAGAUCACCACCUUGAGGAAUAACUGCAAGUCACUGGAAGCCCAGGACCGUGAAUCAACAGAGCGUGAGGAGAAAUACGAGGCAUCAAUCAAGCAACUGAGGGACGGUCUCGAUGAGGCUAGCAACCGUGCAGAGGGAGCUGAAGGCCAAGUCAAGUCUCUGCAACAUCAAGUAGACUCUCUUGAAGCUGAAGUGCAAGUUACUAAAGAGGAACACCGUAAAGUUCAAAUGGAUUUAGAUAGCUGUUUAACUGAGCUUGGAGACCUGUAGAAGACUGCUCUUUUCAUCUUGUGUUUUUGUUUAAGAAAAAUGCAAAUAUAUCUACUCCUUUUUACCACUCCUCUGUCAUGAACUGUUGCUGGUUUCUAGGUUGGAUUACAAUGUGUACUUAGUACUGUGCUGAAGAUUGAAGUGCAAUCUUCAACACUCAAUGUUGCAUUAUAGACUCUCUCCUAUGUAAAGCAACUAGCGUAUCGCUCUCUUUUUCAUCAUUCAAGUGUUGAGUCUCUCAUAAAAGAAAGGGAAAUGAAAACAAUUCUACAAGUUCAUCGCUUGGGUUGAUUGGAGCGACAAUCGAUAAAUGUAGGACCAAAUUAGUGUUGGACACCAAAUAACACAUUCCUAAUUUAUUUUUUGUACUUCCAAAUUCCAAGCUUGAUCAAGAAAAGAUUUUUUUUUUAAUUCAGUAUUCUAAGGCUCCAUCUGUGCACUAUUCAAGUCUUGAAAAGAUCUCUAGUUUGAUAUUUUCCAUCAAUCUUAGGUUUCUUACAGUUAUAGGUGUGGUUGUUGUGUCAUAAACGGAGUGUUGAAAUAAUCUGGUUUGAUAUCUAUUAGGAAAAUGCAUAUUUAAUGUAUAAUACCUUGCUGCAAAAUUGACAGUUUUUAAUUAAGAAGAUUCCAUUCAAUGACGGAGAAAUCAGUGAUUGAAUGACUCGUUCAGCAUUGUCUAUCCUAUCAUGCAUUACAAUGUAAGGAACAUGUUUGUAGCUAACUUAACAUUGCAUGAAGUUACUUAACUUAACAUUGUGAAACACGUAUAUUACACUCACUCUCUCAUUCACCCUUCUUAAGUAUUAUGAAUGACAAUUGUGUGGACCUGUACAUAUAUACAUAUGUGUACAUACCAUCUUGGUGGUAAGUAUGUGUUAGAGGACUAGAGCAGUCGUCAGUCUGUAGUGGUAUCUGGUUUUUACUGUGCACUCAAUAGCCCAAACAGUGUGAAUAGAACAUACUAUGCUGUAGGUAUGUACUACUAAGUAAUCUUUGUGUGGUCAUGAUAUUAUGGUGCAUUAUGUAAUCAUUAGGGCGCUCUCUCUCAUUCAGUGCUCUGCUUAAAAUGUAUAAAUAUAAAUAAAUGUACUUCUUGUAUCCUCUUCUCUCUUCUCUUUAAACAAAAAAAGUUUUAAAAAGUAGGGUAUGUAGCUCAUUGCCUCGCUCUACUUUCCUUUGUUUCUGUUUUUACUAUUUUUGCCUCGAUUUGAUACCAAAUAUAAUUUUGCUGAUUUCCUUUCUUUUCUCUCUUUUAUCCUCUUGUUGUUGUUGCCUUACGUUGACCCUUGUUGUGUACUACCCCUCUUCCCUGUUUGUGUCCCAUUGUACUGUCCCACAUUGUUGCUUUACUGGCUCGUUGACCCGUGCAGAGGAAUUGGUGCAGGAGAAGGAAAAGAGCAGAGGGAUGAACGAUGAGAUGGAUCGCUGCUUGCAAGAACUCAACAUGGAUAUCUAGGAGUUGCCAUAGUAACCCUCUUGCUUCCUUACACGUAUCCAUAGCAACCUUCUUUUAUUUUCAGCCCUAGCCAAUCUCGUCCUAGAGUCCCACUCCUGGAGCGCGGAGUCCACACCAUCAAUUCUAGACAUCAAUCUAGACAUUAGUUAUGUUCCGUCAUUUUAUGUUUCUAUGUUCAAAAUCCUAGAAAGAGAGAGGGAAAGAAUUGUUUUCUCAGUACAAAACAGAGAAAGUGUACACAGUAAUUUUCACUUGUACCGUCUUAGUUAAGGAGGCAAAAAAGUAUUGUUCUUUUUAAGAUAUUUUAUUGCAAAAGGUAAUUUAUAGAAGUAAUCGUUACUUUUUUUAUUGCAGGAUUGGUAUUGUAAUGAAUUGAAAGUUCUUGAAAAGAAUGGUUUGAUGUUGACUGCUACGUUAGGCAGGCGCUCUAGACUGUGACAUGAAAGUCAGAUCAGUCGCUUCUACAUCGGACAAGGAUUGAUAUCUUAUGCGGUAUAUUAUUGCCCCCUCACCACAAUUUAUGUAUAAUCGUGUCUUCUUUCAUGAUCAGAAUGUUCAAAUAUCUUCUUUUUUUUCCAUCUGGAGAAAAAUUCAGUUUUUGUUGUUUCAUAUUAUUUCUUUGGAUGAAAACUUGUCAGCGUGAGCAUGAGAAACAGAGUGUAAUUUUAUUUCUAUUUGAUUUGCUUCAAUGUUUUCUGAUAUGACAUGAGUAGAUUUCUUACUAUGCUUCCACGUCUGAUCUAGCCUGUUUGGUACUAGUUCAGCACGGAUGUAUAUUCACAAAGUAAUCUUAAAGCUCAAUGCUUAGUUAUACAUGUAGAUAAAAUGACUACAUCAUCUCGCUCUGUAGAUUAGCUUUGUAUUUGACAUAAGCAUUAGUGUAAAAGGGAAUCUAUUUAAUAACAUAUGUUUUGUGUAGUGUGUAUGAUCUGAUAUGAAACCCUUCUUGACAGUUAUAAAAGAAAUUUAAUCAUGUACAAAGUAAUGCUAAUUUAAUAUCUAAUAAUUAUAUAUAUUAUCAUUUUAGCUGGAGAAUACUAUAGAUCAUAUGAAAUUCUUAGACAAAACAAUUGACUUCAAAACUUUGUAUGUUUUAUACACCUAUCAUUUAUGAUUACGCAAUUGUCAUUAGUGCUGUAGUGUUGUCAGAUUAUGCACUAGAAAAAUAAAUUUCUUGAUUUACAGAACUACAAAUGACAAGUCUUUGUAUCCUAAAUGUUUAUAUUUCAUUAUUUGCUUAUCUAGAGUGUAAUAUAGUGAAAAGAUUUAAUGUGUGAGUAUUUGCAUUUUUUUCUUCAUUGUAAUGAAUCAAUGAACUGGUACUUCAUAUGUGUAAUGAUUGUUAAAACAAAUAUCAUUUACUCAUACAUGAAAAGUAAGAAUUGAAUCAGUGCUAUUUCAGAUUGAUCACUUCUUUCUUACAACAAGAAACAAAACACUACUUGUUGCUCUAAAUGGUCAAUGUCCUGCAUAUGUUUACUGUACUUUUUGCAUGAUUUUCAUCUGAGCAAUUGUCAUGGAAAGGUUAUAAAAUCACCAUUGAAAAUCAUUGUACGGAAACGAACCCAGUUUGGACUAUGUAGAGGGUUGCAUGGUGUAUUAAAACACAGCACUUCAUAAUAACUGAAAAAUUGCCUUUAUUCCAGUUUAUUUCACUCACUGUGACUGACUCUUUGCUGUUUAACAUGUGGGAUCUUCAUUAAAACUGAUCCAAUCUCCCUUUUUUGACAACAUUUGUGCCCUCUGGUUGGCAGCUCUGAGUUUGUUCUGUGUGAAGAAGAAGAAUGAUUUAUCAUGGUCUGAUUUUAGCCUCUCUUUAACCUUUUUUUCUUUCUUGUUUUGUUCCUCUUUUAAAGUCAAGCUUUGAGGUGUGUCUCGGGUCACGUGAACUGUCCAAAGUCUUGUAAAUUAUUUCUGAAUUUGAUUCAGACACACUUCAAGCAAAGCAAAAAGAGUUAAAUGAAGAUUCAGGGAGUUGACAUACUAGGAAAGCGGGAUUAGAUUUGAGGCAUAACAACAAUUGGCAAACACUGAUUUUCUGAGGCAAUCGUGGAAGAAAAUCUCUUUUCUUCUCAGACUUGAUCCUCUAUUCAGAGUUGGGGAACGAUAGAGUCAUCCCAACCUGUACUUACACCUGGAAUGUUUGGAGCAGCAAAGCGUAACAUCAUAGCAUGCGUAGAUACAAGAGUUGUAGCAUUGGUUCUAUCUUUAAUAGCAGCAUGUCAGCUCUGUUGAUCUUCACCUAAUCUCUCGGAUCAUUUAUGGGAAAUUAUUUUCUUUUACUUUUUUAAACGUUUGGACAUGGGAAAACGUAAUAUGCAACUCUCGCUGUUUAUACAUAUUAAAGCACAUUAAAAUGUGGCUUGUUGAAAUUCUGAGAGUUUGCCAUAUCAGAACUAAUGGGAUCACUUAUGAACAAAUUAUUGUUCUUUAACAACCGGAGUGUUUUUUAAAAGAGCAAGCCUACAGCUCGAAGAAAUGGAUGGGCUAAAUUACAUCUAUGAAAUGAGGAAGACCUGAAUUUAAAACGGUAAAGAAAGACAAAAAUUGGGAUGGAAUAUUUAUUGGUGCUAAAGUACUUACAGUCCAAGAAAUAAGAGUGUGUAGUUAUAGCAGCAGUGCAGGCUGUGCAUUGUUCCCGCAACAUUGAUGAAUAAACGGAUCAUUUAUCUAACGGCAAA